AAUAAUGCAAUCAUAACUCUUUUAAGUUUUUUAAUUCAAACCAUGGGCAGCUCCAUCAAAUGCAUUACAAAGCUUUCUUCUUAUAAAGACCUUUGUAAAGCCUUAAACUUUUCAACUCCAUUUCAACAAUCCCACUGUUGAUGAUUCUUGAAAAAGAGUAAUCACAUAUAAUCAUGAUAGGCAAAAGAACAAGUCCGGUGAUCGGAAUGAUCACCGGCUCAUCAGUUUCAGGUAACCGGACGGGAACUAUAUAUGGUGCCACUAGUCCAAGAAGUCCUCUAGAUUUCAAGAUUCAAUCACCAAGAGGUCUAAAAGCCUAUAAUAAUUUUGGUGGGGUUGGAUUAGCUAUUGUAGCUUCUCUUGAUGAUAAUAAAGAUGGUGCAAUCAAGGUUAAUAAACCUGUAUACAACACAAGUUCGAUCAAGUCCAUACCAAUUCCAGGGAAUUCAACAGACUUGGACAAUUUUGAAGACGACACAGUAGUUACUUGUCGUGGACCAGAUAAAAAGUCAUAUACUAGAGUAUAUUGCAAUGGAAGUGUACAAGAAAACAGAAGAUCCACUGACAGAAAACAGAAGUGUUCAAGUGUUUUUGACAUAUCUCCAACUAGAUUUGGAGAUUUUCCAAGAUAUCCAGAUUCAGAUUUCCUCAGUUCCUGUCAUUUAUGCAACAAAAAGCUCCAUGGCAAAGACAUAUUUAUGUACAGAACUGGAACUGUGCUGAUGAUGUUUUUCAUGUCAAUGAAUUGCAGGGGAGAGAUAGCAUUCUGUAGCACAGAGUGUCGGUAUAGGCAGAUAGUAAUGGAUGAGCACAAGGAGAAGUGUAGCUCUGAAUUUUCAAGAUCUGCUGAUAUUGCAACCUCACCUUAUGCUAAUGGCCAAAUAUUUUCUACCGGAAUUCUGGCUGUCUAGACUAAAUAAAUCAAUAGCUCUAUAGGAUAUUAGUGCAUAACUACAUAGUAUACAACUCGGAAAUACCUCAAUAUAUUUGAUAAACGGCUCUACUUUAAUUACAGGAAGUUCCCUUUUUUUUUUUGUCUUUUGUAUUAUCCAAUUUUACUUGGAUGUAGAAGAGAAAGCUUGAUGCUGCUAAAAGAAUUUUGCAAAUUGACCUCCUGUUUCCUUCA